CGGUUAGGCUCACCGCUGAUAACUGGGGGCCACAGAAGGAGCGCUCACGUCACGGCCCCUGUCAGGUUUCACACCUGCGAAUCUUUCUACCACACUACACUGUAGUGUAGUGAACCGAGAAGAAGAAGCGGAAGACUACACUACACCUAAUUAUGGCUACCCAUUACCAACAAGGACAGCACGGGCCCUUAUCAGGGCCGGCACUGAGUAUCAUCUCAUGCAACGUUACAGGUCUCUCAGACCCCAAACAAGAUCUUCUGGCUGAACUGUGUCGGAAAAACGAAUGUCACAUUCUUUGCCUUCAGGAAACACGACGCGGACCAACAAGUAAACGCCCACAAAUCGCCGGAAUGACCCUUACAGCAGAGAGACAGAAUAAUACAUACGGUAGUGCGAUUUUUGUACGUGAUGGGCUAACUGUGGAUAAGUCUCUACCAACAGACGAUACUGACAUUGAAGCUCUUACCAUCGAGUUCAAGGGGAUUACUGUCACUUCUGUCUAUAAACGGCCACGUGCGAAAUUCGCCCUUCCUUGCAGGGCUACUAUCAAUGAUGGCCGUAUCAAUGUGAUUAUAGGAGAUUUCAAUAGCCAUAAUGUUAUCUGGGGAUAUAGCCAAACAGACGCUGAUGGAAGACGUGUGGAAAAAUGGUCAGAUGACAAUCAACUGUCGCUUAUACAUGACGAAAAUCUCCCCGGCUCCUUCUACAGUCCACAGCUCAAGUGUCACUACAACCUUGACCUGAUGUUUGUUUCUACCAGCAUUGCUGGCCAAUGUGAGAAGGCUGUCCUGGACCCAAUAAAAGGCACCAAACACCGGCCCAUUGUGCUUAAAAUCCGGGACCUGCUUUCUCCACCUACUAAUGAUGACACCUCUGAAAACUCCAUGCACAACACGAGGCAAAACAAGGAACAAACGGAGACGGAUAUUUCUAUAAACGCUGAACCCGGCACUUCAGUUAGCAUGGCUACUGCUAUGGCGCACAACGAUGAAGCCGGUGCCGAGGUCACGAACGCGGAGCUGCGUGAACUCAUCGUCGACCUAAACGCAAGUCUGAAUGACAAAUUUGAAGCGAGGUUUUCUGACGUCACAGAGAAGAUCACCAUUUUAACCAAAAAAAUGGAAAACCUAAAGAUAGAGGUUGACUCGGUUAAAAAAAACCAGAGCGGAGAUUGAGCACAGCUACAAAAUGUGUGUGUGUGUGUAUGUGUGUGCGUGCGUGCGUGCGUGCGUGCGUGCGUGCGUGCGGGCGGGCGGGCGUGCGUGCGUGGCGUGUUUGUACAUGUGUGUACGGUACCUAUGGUAGCUGUGCUGUUGUAACCGUAUAUUGGUCAUCAUGCAACGUGUUCUGCCCAUCACAAUUACAAUGCAUUUUAAAUAUUUUUUGUAACUUGAUUUAUACCUUGAUGUUGUAAUAGUCUUCGCAUUAACGUUUCGCGAUAGACGCAGCUAAUUCGUGCCGUAGAAUCGCGAGAACUGACGUAAAGCGUAUAAUCCAUGCAAAUAAGGCAAAACGAAGUUUGCUAAUGAUUUUUCGUCAGUGUUUUAUACGGGCGCGACAUUUACAGUUGCUGUGAUUUGUUGCUGCACACAUAUGGUAUUGCCCGUGGGCAACGACGUGAAACAUCUAUUGAUGAUCGAUAAUUACGGCAGCGGUUGCGGCUGCUCGGAGAUGAUUUGCGCCGCAUUGUACGUGCGCUUUUCGUAGUUCGUUACCCGGUAGCUGCGCUGAUGUGCUGGGAAAUAAUAACAAAGUGGAUAGCUUUCGAACAUAGGUGUCCUUGAUUGAGUGAAGCCGUUUGUUAGGUGCAUACGAAAAGGACUUGGUGUAAACUACGGGUGUUUGGUACCACCUAGUGUGAACGGCUAGGCAAUCGCAUGAUAUUCAAUAGGCAAUUAACUAAUUUCAUGAAAAAGCGGAUUCUUGGCGAAUUAUCAGGGUAUUAACCAAGGACCAGAGGCUCGAGACGAUCGAAUAGACCAUUGUGAUAAUUUAAUGUUAUCUACCAAUAUAUAUAUAUAUAUUAUAUACGUGUGCCUUAGAAAUGUUAUUUGUGCUGCAAUUUGCCGUGUUUCUGCCUGCGAGCGAGGUGUGUUUGAUACAGUGAUGUAACCAUGUGACCAUGGUUCGCUUUUAAGCUAAAUAAAUGGUGGCUUGGACAUCUUGCCACGACAUCUA